AAAGCUACAAAUGUUUUGCUACCUUUGGGAAAGGUGGCUGCCUAUGCUUUGACGCUGACAGGUAUCUUCUACUGUCGAGUAACACCGGGAUUGUUAUCGGAGGGGCAUCUCAGGAAUGCCAUUACUCCUGAUACAUCCUCCAUGGCAUAUUCUGAAACAGAUAUCGCGAAACACAACUUUGAUGUGAACGAGGGCGACACUCUUGCACAUCAAUACGGAGGAUCAGCUGCUCACAACAAGUUUAAGCAAUUUUUGGUGCAUCUGUUGACACUUCUGUACCUUCAUAUCAUUAGAUUUUCUCAGAGAGAAGAGGCCAAUGGGCAGCUGCAAUACAGUCCCAGGAAUCUUUUCGAACUCUGCAAAGAUAUUACAGCAAUGCUUAUGUGGAUGCUGAGUAGCAAAAUGCAAUUAAUAUGUAAAUUUUUGGGGCAUUUUCUGCCUCAACCAGGUAAACCUGAUUUGUGGGAGCUUGAUUCUGAUCAACUUGAUCUGCCAAGGAACGAAUACCCAGAUAUGAAUGACAAUGGGAGGUAUAUAUAUAUAUAUAUCUGUAUACGUACUUCCGUUUAA